AUGUGCCCUGAAGGAGCCGGGCGAGGGGAUGUGGGCCAGGCCCGGACAGCACCUCCUGCACCUGCCCAGGACAUGUUCACCGUCCCCACCCGCACACUGGUACGCUGGUACCUGUGUGAUCAGCACACUUGGGCUGGACCCUCAGCCCCAUCUUGGAUCUGUGCCUCCACACCGUUCUCCAUCACGGCCCACAGCCCCCCAGAGCCAGUGGGAAAAUCCACUUUCAAGACAGGAAGAGACACAGGCCUGAGCCACAGAAGCCUCACGCUCACCUCUCAGAAGGCCCCAGGAGGACCCAGCUCCAACAGUGGAAACACCAAGCAGUCCUCGGAAAUGUUUUCUGCUGAUGUUGUGGUUCGUCCGCUAAACUGCAUUGAUGCUGUGUCCCAGAACACGGGCAUAGGCAAGAACGGGGACCUACCCUGGCCCCGGCUCAGGAAAGAAUACAGGUAUUUCCAAAGAAUGACCACAACCUCUUCAGUAGAAGGUAAACAGAAUUUGGUGAUUAUGGGCAGGAAAACCUGGUUCUCCAUUCCAGAGAAGAAUCGAACUUUAAAGGACAGAAUUAAUAUAGUUCUCAGUAGAGAACUCAAGGAACCUCCACAGGGAGCUCAUUUUCUUGCCAAAAGUCUGGAUGAUGCCUUAAAACUUAUUGAGCAACCAGAAUUAACAAAUAAAGUGGACAUGGUCUGGAUAGUGGGAGGCAGUUCUGUUUAUAUGGAAGCCAUGAGCAGGCCAGGCCAUCUUAGACUAUUUGUGACAAGGAUCAUGCAGGGAUUUGAAAGUGACACAUUUUUUCCAGAAAUUGAUUUGGAAAAAUACAAACUUCUCCCAGAAUAUCCAGGUGUUCCUUCUGAUGUCCAGGAUGAGAAAGGCAUUAAGUACAAACUUGAAGUAUAUGAAAAGAACAAUUAA